GGAAAGGAAGCAAUCCAGAAUUCGGACGGGUUGGACUCCAGUCUGAGUCUAAUCAAGUCAAAAUUCUCGGUGACUGGCCGCGGCUGUCAGGAGCCCGCGACUCCAGCUCGCUACCAUGAACGGCGAUGGCCGGAACAAUGGCACCACACCAGAACCGCCGGGAGGCUCCACGUCACGCCGGCUUUCCUUCACCAAUGACGACGAGCUUUGGGGAUUGUCGCUGAAUGACGACGAAGAGGCCACCGUAGGGGAAUCCAACCCCGUGAAGGACCCCAGAAGAGUCGCCAGAAAGUACCAGAUUGAUCUGUGUGAGAAAGCUCUAAAAGAGAAUGCUGUUAUAUAUCUUGGAACAGGUUGUGGGAAAACACAUGUUGCUGUUUUGCUUAUGUACGAGAUGGCCCACUUGAUUCGAAAACCCCAGAAGAAUGUAUGCGUUUUUCUUGCUCCAACAGUGGCUUUGGUUGAGCAGCAAGCCAAGGUCAUUGAAGACUCAGUUGAUUUUAAAGUUGGGACAUACUGUGGGAGCUUGAAGCAUUUAAAAAACUAUCAUGACUGGCAAAAGGAAUUGGAGCAAUAUGAGGUCCUUGUUAUGACCCCUCAAAUCUUGCUUCAUAAUCUUUCCCACUGCUUUAUUAAAAUGGAAAUAAUCACUCUUCUUAUCUUCGAUGAGUGCCACUAUGCUCAAAUUGAAAGCAGUCACCCUUACGCUGAGAUUAUGAAGAUAUUUUACAAAUCAGAUUCAGAAAAAUUACCCCGGAUAUUUGGCAUGACAGCAUCUCCCAAAUUAGGGAAAGGUGCGUCCAUUGAAGGUCUCGAGAAGGUAUUACGUGCCAAGGUAUAUUCAGUUGAAUGUGUGGAUGAACUGUGCCAAUUUGUGGCAUCUCCAAAAGUCAAUGUUUACUACUACACUUCAACCACAGAGGGUUUUGUUAUGGCAUACUCUAAUAAACUUGAGACACUAAAGCACCAGUUUGUAUCAGAGUUGCACAAGCGAAUUGGUGAUCAGUCUACUCUUAUGAACACUAAAAGGUUGCUUAGAAGGAUGCAUUCACAUCUGAUAUUUUGUCUUGAAAACCUAGGCCUUUGGGGGGCAUUAGAGGCUAGCCGUGUUCUAAAUAAAGGUAAUAAUUAUGAGCCAAAAGGGAACGCCAUCGACAACUUCAUAUGUGAUAGAUACCUAACUCCCGCUGCUGCAAUAUUUGUUUCUGGUUGUAGAAGAGAUAAUUUGACAUGUUUGGAGGCCCUUGAAGAGCCUUUUUUCUCCAAAAAGAUGUUACGACUCAUUCGUAUCCUUGCCGAUUUUAGGGUUCAACCGAAGAUGAAAUGCAUAAUUUUUGUGAAUAGGAUUGUGACUGCCAGAUCUUUGUCAUCUAUACUUCAGAAUCUAAAGCCUUUAUCUUUAUGGAAGUGCGGUUUUCUUGUUGGGGUCCACUCAGGAUUGAAGAACAUGUCACGCAAACAUACAAAUGCCAUUCUUGAUAAAUUCCGCUCGGGUGAGCUCAAUCUGUUAAUUGCAACCAAGGUUGGAGAGGAAGGUUUAGAUAUACAAACAUGCUGCUUGGUAAUACGUUUUGAUCUUCCAGAAACUGUUGCCAGCUUUAUACAAUCAAGAGGCCGUGCACGUAUGCCAAUAUCAGAAUAUGCCUUUUUGGUUAACAGUGACAACAAGAAGGAGCUUCAGCUAAUCAAUCAUUUUAAAAGGGACGAAGACAAAAUGAAUGAUGAAAUCCAGUUCAGAAAAUCUCCAGGGACAUUUAAUGAUUUUGAUGAAAGAACAUACAAGGUGGAUGCUACUGGAGCAACAAUCAGUGUUGCAUCAAGUAUUUCAUUGCUUCAUAGAUAUUGUUCGAGGCUUCCGCACGAUGAGUUUUUCAAUCCCAAGCCACAAUUCUAUUUUAUUGAGGAUACUGAAGGAACUCUUUGCCGGAUAAUCUUACCUGCCAAUGCUCCAAUUUAUCAAAUUGAAGGUGCUCCACAAUCUUCAACCGAAGCAGCUAGAAAGGAUGCCUGUUUGAAAGCGUGCCAGACAUUGCAUGAACUUGGAGCUCUUACUGACUAUCUUUUACCAGAUCUAAAUGGAAAAUAUGACAAUAUGGAAGACUUCUCGGAUUCAGAGGACUCUGAUGAUGAGGGUUCACGAAGAGAACUCCAUGAGAUGCUCGUUCCGGCCGUCUUUAAAGAACCGUGGAUUGAAACGGAAAGCCCUGUUUGCCUUCACUCCUAUAGUAUUGAGUUUUAUCCUAAUCCUGUUGAUAGAGAUUAUAAGAAGUUUGGCCUUUUUGUCAAAGCACCACUGCCACGAGAUGCUGAAAGAAUGAAACACGAUUUUCACUUGGCUAAUGGUAGAUCUAUAUUGACAGCGUUUUUUCCUUUUGGUGUUGUGGAAUUUGACACCAAUGAGAUAAACUUAGCAGAACAGUUCCAGCAGAUGUUCCUAAAAGUUAUUCUUGAUCGAGAGGAGUUCAUUCCAGAAUUCAAGGCAUUGGAAAGAGAGACGUUUAGUGAUUCAAGUUCAACAUUUUUCCUGUUGCUUCCACUGAAUUUGCAUGAAGAUAACACAACAUUUGUUGACUGGAAACUUGUGAGGAGAUGUUUGUCAUCACCAAUUUUUAAAAACAUAGAGAAUGCUUAUGACGAUAAGAUUUCUCAACUUCAUAACCAUUUGCAACUUGCUAAUGGUCCAAAAAGUUUUGAUGACAUUUUGAACAGCUUGGUGUAUAUGCCGUGCAAGGAUAAAUUUUUCUUCGUCUCUGAUAUUGUUCUGAAUAAAGAUGGGUACAGCUUGUAUAAAGAUUCCAAAAAUCAUGUGGCACACUAUGCUAACCGGUUUGGCAUUCAUCUCUUGUACCCUGGACAACCACUUCUUAAAGCAAAACAACUUUUCUGUCCUAACAAUUUACUAAGAAAGAAGGGGAAUGCAGAGUUGCGUGAAAAAGAAGAGCACUUCUUUGAACUGCCUCCAGAACUUUGUCAGCUAAAGAUUCUUGGUUUCUCAAAAGACAUUGGAAGUUCCUUAUCAAUUUUGCCAUCCUUAAUGCACCGACUUGAAAGUUUGCUUGUUGCUAUCGAAUUGAAGGAACGACUAGCUGCUGCUUUCCCCGAGGGAGGUGAUGUCACUUUAGACCAUGUUCUUGAAGCAAUCACAACCGAGAAAUGUGGUGAGCACUUUUCUUUGGAAAGGCUUGAAGUGCUUGGUGAUGCAUUCCUUAAGUUUUCGGUUGGGAGGUAUAUAUUUCUCUCGAACAAUGCCCUUGAUGAGGGGCAGCUGACGAACAGGCGUUCAAACAUUGUAAACAAUUCCAACCUUCAUAAGCUGGCAAUUAAAAGUGGAUUACAGGCAUACAUUCGUGAUCAUAUAUUUGAACCUGACCAGUUCUAUGCACUGGGUCGUCCUUGUCCAGUAAUAUGCAGCGAGCAAACAGCAGACACCAUACACAUGCUUUCUAGCACCGAGAAGAAUGGUGCCAAUGUUGAAGUCAAAUGCAGCAAAUCUCAUCACUGGUUGAUGAAGAAAACAAUAGCAGAUGUGGUUGAGGCCCUUAUUGGGGCCUUUAUAGUUGAUGGUGGUUUCAAAGCAGCUACUGCAUUUCUUAAAUGGAUAGGCAUCCAGGCCGAUUUCACUGUCUCACAAGUUGGUGAUAUCUGCUCUGAAAGCGCAAGGUUUAUGACCCUUGCUGAUAAAAUAGAUAUUGCAGCUCUCGAAAAAAUAUUGGGUCAUCACUUUGUCCACAAGGGUUUGCUUAUACAGGCAUUUAUCCAUCCUUCCUAUAACCAUCAUGGUGGUGGUUGCUACCAGAGACUGGAGUUUCUUGGGGAUGCAGUCCUAGAUUAUUUAGUCACAUCUUAUCUCUAUUCCGUUUAUCCCAAACUGAGGCCUGGCCAGUUCACUGAUUUGAGAUCAGCUUCAGUCAAUAAUAAAACCUUUGCUGACAUUGCUGUACGUCAGUCCCUCCAUAAGCAUAUUAUUUGUGAUUCAUCCGUUCUCCAAGAGUCAAUUACAGCAUAUGCCAAUUUCACGGGAAACUCAGAUUCUGAGAAAGGCAUGAUUGAAAAACCAUACCUUCCCAAGGUUCUUGGUGACAUUGUGGAGUCUUGUAUGGGUGCCAUUCUUCUUGAUACUGGGUUUGAUUUGAAUUCCGUUUGGGAAAUAGUGCUUUCUUUUCUGGACCCCACAAGCUGCUUUUCUAGGUUGCAGCUCAAUCCUUUAAGGGAACUUAUUGAGCUUUGCCAGUUUUAUGGAUGGGAUUUGAAGUUUCAAAAACUAAAGAAUGCUGGCAAUUGUAAAGUUGAAGCAGAAGUGAAAGGGAAAGAAGUUUCCGCUACGGCAUCUGCUAGUAACAAAAAUUCAAAAACUGCCAAACAAAUGGCAUCAGAACAAACCCUUGAACUCUUGAGGGCUAAAGGCUACACACUCAAGACUAAACGUCUUGAGAGAGUUCUCAAAAGUGCUGUCAAGAAUGAACCCAGAUUGGUUGGAUAUAAUGAAGUACCUUGCUUUGUCACUUCAAAAUUCAAGGAGCUGACAUUGCAGCAAGCUACUGUAAGUAGUGAUAGCUUCAACAUAAGACCUCUUUCUGAGAUACUCUCCAAGAAAUUGCACGUGAAGGCCAAACAUAUGAGAAAGAUCAUGUCAUCUGACGAUGGAUGUAAUGGCUGCAAUGAAGAUUCCCCUGUUAGAGGGAGUUCACGGACUGCAACAGCCAAGUCACGUUUGCAUCAAAUCUGCGUUGUUAACUGUUGGAAACCUCCUGUGUUUGAGUGCUAUGACGAAGUGGGCCCUAGCCAUUUAAAGGAGUUCAUGUUCAAAGUUACAGUAGAAAUUGAAGAGAGGUCUAGAGUCGCGGUUGUCUUGGGAGAAGCUCGGUUGAGAAAGAAGGAUGCUGCUGAGCAUGCAGCUGAAGGGGCGCUUUGGUACCUGAGGAAAGAAGGGUAUGUUUUGGAGUAAGUGAAUCUUGUGUUGUACAAUUCUUUGAUUUGAAGGCCAGCCAGUCACUAGACCUUCUCUUUUUAGUCUGAUUGCCUGUUUAUGUAUUAGGAUAUGUAUAGCAGCGCCAUGUAAUUACUUCUAUAUACGGAGUAUGUAUCUAUGCCAGAAAUUGUUCUUUAGAGCUCCCAAUGAGGAUUGAUUGUGUGUGUAACAUUAUUUGAAAAUGCCAAAGUCACCCCUCUCAUCACUCUCAUCCCAAACCUGUCCCGUUAAUGAUCAGUCUCUCCAUAUUUCUGCCCGAAGCAUGAUUUUCAACUA